CUGGACGUUCGUUUGGACUACCGCAUCAGCUGUCUGCUGUCGAUCUUCAAGAAGGCCUUCGAGACCUCCUCGCCGGACGCUCUCGGUCGAGUGGACGUGGAGGCCAUAGGACUACAGGCCGAGGGGAUCUUCAGCUGUCGGCAUGACACACACACGCAUACAUACAUACCAACACCGACUAGGCGAGAUACAAAUACAAAGAUCAUUGUAUAA